AGGCAAACAUGGCAGAGACUACGACGAGUACUACAGUUGUGAUUCUUUGUGGAGGACGGGGAACGAGGUUCCGUCCGCUCUCCUUCCGAGUGCCCAAGCCACUCUUCCCCAUUGCCAACGCUCCGGUCAUCGACCACUCGCUGAGGAGCCUUCCCACCUCUGGCGUCAAGGCAGUCUUUCUGGUUGGCUUUUAUGGGGGAUCCGAGUAUGAGACUCAGUUUGCUCACUAUGCUGAUGAUCUUCAAUCUCGUCUCAACGUUCCUGUCAAGUACCUUCGUGAGCCUGUUGAGGCUGGCACAGCUGCUGGUCUCGCUCACUUUGCUCAAGACAUCCUCGCUCCCAACUCGGAUGCCAUUCUGGUGGCAAACUCGGACGUCGCUGGCGCUCUUCCGCUUGUUGACAUGCUCAAGGCUCAUGCUGAUGCUCAGGCUGGCGGUGUUGAGUUGACGCUUCUGGCUACCACCGUGCCCGAGGCUGACGCUACAAAGUACGGCUGCAUGGUGGUCGAUGGCGUUGAGGUCGGCGCUGGGGGCGUCGGCAAGGUCGCCCACUAUGCCGAGAAGCCUGAAGUCUUUGUCUCCAACACCGUCUCGUGCGGUGUGUACGUCUUUAGCCGGGCAGGCUUCCAGAACAUCACCGACGCUGUGGCUAGCGCUGCAGCUGGCGGCGACGGCGAGGGAGGCAGCAGCGGCGGACGGUCGGCGGCGGCCAAGGCGGCGCGGCUGGCUGCGGCGGCGCGGCAGCCGGUCGGGCUUGAGGUCGACGUCAUUGUGCCGAUGGUGGCCAAGGACGCGGUUCAGGCCCUGGUCACGCACGCGCAUUGGGCACCGGUCAAGACGCCGUCGGCGGCGCUCGACGCCAAUGCGUACUACCUCGGCUCGGAGGCGCUCGCGGGCAAGCUGCUUGUUGAUGCCGACGUGCCGUUUACGGUGGUGGGUAACGUGUGCGCCGCCGAUCUUGCGUCAGCGACCAUCCACGCGGACGCGGUCAUCGGGCCGAACGUGGCGCUGGCCGCCGGUGUGACCAUCGGCGCCGGUGCGCGCGUCCGCGACGCGAUUGUGCUCGAGGGCGCGGUCGUGGCCGACUCGGCCUUUGUCAAGCACGCCAUCGUCGGGUGGAAUGCCAUCGUUGGCGAGUGGGCACGUGUUGAGGGCGAUCCCGCACACGCGGCCGACGCAGACAUGUCGGCCACCAUUCUCGGCGACGGUGUCGAGAUCAAGCCCGAGACCGUCGUCCGCAACUGCGUCGUCCUCCCGCACAAGGUGCUCAAGGCCGACAUGUUCGACCGUGUCAUUCUCUAG